AACAACCCUAAUAAGUUGAGUGAUAAACCUAUGGCCAAUACAGAGAAGCCCAUAAUAAUAUCUGAACCAAGACAAACAACAAACAUGAAUUUUAAGUAAAAAAAAGGAAGCCUCUUUAUUUCAUUCUCUCUCUAGGGUUUGCCAGUUUCCAUCUUUCUUGAAUCUUCUUUCACUCUUUUAGUUUCAAAUCUCAGGCCAAAACUUAAAUAACCUAAACAAGAGCAGCAGCAGAAAGAUAAAAAUGCUAAACUGAGUAUAUUUAGACAGGAAAGCUAUAUGCAUAUAUAGAUAGAUAGCCUAUAUCUAAAUCUGUAUAAUUAUUUAUAUAUAUUUGAAGCAUGGGGAGGGGAAGAGUGGAGUUGAAGAGGAUAGAGAACAAGAUAAAUAGACAGGUGACAUUUUCAAAGAGAAGAAAUGGGCUUCUGAAGAAAGCUUAUGAGCUCUCUGUUCUCUGUGAUGCUGAAGUGGCUCUCAUCAUCUUUUCCAACCGUGGCAAGCUCUACGAGUUCUGCAGCACUUCCAACAUGCUUAAGAUGCUUGAAAAAUACCAAAAUUGCAACUUUGGAGCACUGGAAGUCAACCGCCCAGCCAAAGAUUUGGAGCAAAACAAAUACAGGGAAUACGUAAAUCUAAAAGACAAAUAUGAAUCCCUUCAACGAUACCAGAGGCACCUUCUUGGGGAAGACCUGGGGCCCCUAACUAUAAAUGAGCUUGAGCAUCUUGAGCUUCAACUAGACUCUUCGUUGAAACAUAUCAGGUCCACAAAGACACAGUCUAUGCUUGAUCAACUCUCUGAUCUUCAGACAAAGGAGAGGAUGCUAUUAGGAGCAAACAAGAUUCUAGAGGACAAGCUUCAUGAAUAUCACUCAGAGAGUCAGCUGAGGCCAUCAUGGACACCUGGUGACCAGUAUAGUUCAUAUAACCAGCAGCAGCAACAACAAGCUCAACCAUGGAUGUUUCAACAUCUAGACUCCAAUCUGCAAAUAGGGUAUAAUCCUGUGAAUUCCGAUGAUCAGAUGCCUACAACCACUUAUCAGAAUCAAAACAACAUGCUACCUGGAUGGAGGCUUUGAUGAGUUCUCUCCAAUUUGCUCUUGUAAAUUGGAGGCUAUAAGCUAUAGUUGGUGUGACAAGGCACAGGAAGUGGCCUUACUUGCAACAAGUAUAAUAAUAGUAAGUUCUGUGAGUGCUGAGUUUCAGGACACCUUCCUGGACAUCAUGCAAUGCAUAUAUGAAUGUAAGGUUUGCAAGAGACUAAAUUGUAUGACAUUUAUCUUCGCUUUGAAGCAGCAGCAUAAGGUCUUUUGUGACCAAUUCUACUUU